AUGCCCAGCAGUUUUCCACUCGUUAUCCAGCAGCAGCACAGGCCAUCGUUCACCGCCAUUAUGUCGAUGACUACUACGACAGCUUCGACACCGAAGAGGAAGCCAUCGAGCGAACCAGGGAGUUUGGGAGUGGGUGGUGGCUCCAGAGAGUCAAUCCAUUUGAACCAAGACAAGGUGACGGAUUACGAACGAGUUCUCGGCAUCAUGUGGGACACACAGAACGACGUGUUUUCCUUUGCGGUACCCACAAACGCAGCAGCUACAGAGGCAGAACCACCAAAGAAAAGGGGAGUCCUGAGCACGGUCAUGUCGCUGUUCGAUCCAAUCGGCCUGUUAGCUCCAUUUACGGUGUUAGGAAAGAUGCUCAUGCAAGACCUGUGGCGAGCGGGUUGCGACUGGGACCAGCGAAUCGACGGAGAGUGCCUGGAUAAGUGGCGACAGUGGGUCGCAAUGUUUUCUCUGGUCGAGGGUGUUCGGAUUCCAAGAUGCAACUUUGGAUCGACACCUUCUGACCGAUUUGGCCAAAUACAGCUACAUAUCUUCAGUGAUGCCGGGGAGAAUGCGUACGGAAGUGUUGCGUAUCUACGGAUUUGUGUGGACAAUAAUGUUAAAUGUUCGUUGGUGAUGGCUCGAUCGAAACCGUUCGUCGGCUUUCGAAUCGGAGAAAUUCUGAGCCUCUCCAAGCUGACAGACUGGCGCUACGUUCCGACCAAGCUAAAUGUAGCAGAUUCGCUCACCAAAUGGGGUCGUCUUCCGGAUCUUUCGAGCGAAGGUUCAUGGUUUCGUGGCCCGGAGUUCCUGUACCAGCAGCCGUCGGAAUGGCCUCAACAGAAUCUUCCCGCUGCAAAUACACGAACGGAAAUCAAGGCAAUACACCUUUUUCACGGUGUUGAGCUUCCAAGUUGCUUUAUCGACGUGACUAGAUUUUCGAAGUGGAAUGUUGCAGUUCGCACCGUGGCAUGCAUUUUCCGAUUCAUCUCCAACUGCCGGCGCCGAGCCGCUGGCAAAUCCAUCGAAGCAGUCCUUUCGACUCCAAAGCUUAAAAAGCUCAUCAAGGUUGAAAUUCCCUUUGUAGUGGUUCCGUUGCGGCAAGACGAGCAUCGAUGUGCCGAAAAUACUCUCUUCAGGUUGGCUCAAAGCGAGUCGUACAGCGACGAAAUCAAGAUAUUGAAGAAGAAUGCAGAAUUACCUUUUCAAAAUUGGUUUCCACUAGAAAAGUCCAGCCCUCUCUACAAGCUUGUGCCCUUGAUCGACGCCGAUGGUUUGGGCAUGGAUUUCGAGAGACGGUGA